CAAAGUGAACCAGAAGUAUGCCAGACCCAGUCAGCAGAAAAAAUAGGGGAUGGAAGUAGAGGAUAAUGUCAAUAAUAACAGUACAACUAGGACAAUGCGGAAACCAAAUUGGUGGUCAGCUGUUCCAUACAUUUAUGGACGAUGUCCACUCGAAACCACUAGCUACACAGGUGGCUCCAGACAAAAACGAGGAGUAUAAAAAUGAGGUUCUGUCCCGAUUUUUUUACUGUGGAGAAUCAGGGGAGGGAACUCCAAAAGCUCGAGCUGUCAUGGUGGACAUGGAGCCAAAGGUGAUAGCUCAAACAUAUCAAGAUGCCAAGCGUUCAGGGAGAUGGAGUUACUCUGAGAAACAGAACUAUUGCCAGCAGAGGGGGUCAGGAAACAACUGGGCCCACGGCUACUGCAUCCACGGCCCAGCGUGUCAGAGCACAGUCAUGGAACUAGUCCGGCGCGAAGCGGAAAAAUGUGACAAUCUGGGGGGAUUCCUGUCCCUCAUGAGUCUGGCAGGGGGCACAGGCUCAGGGGUGGGGGCAUAUGUGACUCGUUGUUUGAGAGAUGAAUUUCCUCAUGCAUUUAUAAUGAACCAAGUAGUGUGGCCUUAUAAGACCGGAGAGGUCAUUGUGCAGAAUUAUAAUGCUCUUUUGACAUUGUCACGAUUAUAUCACACGGUGGAUGCCAUUGUUGUCAUGGAAAAUGACCAUCUCCAUAAGAUAUGUCAGCAACUUCUGAACAUUAAGAAGAUCUCAUUCAAAGACAUUAACAAAGUCAUCUGCCAUAAAUUAGCCACUAUGCUGCAACCCUGUCCACUUAACAAGUUCACUGGGGAUAUUUGUUCCAAUUCCAUAGGUGAAAUGCUGGAACACUUGGUGCCACAUCCAGACUACAAACUCCUGACCAUUAAGAACAUUCCUCAGAUGUCUGCGGCGGCCCAGGAGUUCAGCACCUACCAAUGGCACGGGCUGCUCAAACACCUCCGACAAAUGCUCAUUUCUGAUGCUCCAAUGGAAGAGGGUAUUGAUUGGCAAGUCAAAGUUAGUUCCCGAGGAUCUCAACACAACACUUCUCUCGCUAACCUUCUGUUACUGAGGGGCAAGGAAUCAGCGUCCGCAGAAACCACACCGUUCUCUGACCCCGCCCUGUAUGUUCCGUGGGUACCACCAGAUGCCACCCUGAUGACAGGUAUACAGCCGAGAGCUUUUAACCACUACGAGAAAUCAGCAUCUCUAAUUUCUAACAGUAAGUCACCGGUGGGGGAGAUGAACUUUAUGGUGGGGAAAGCCUGGGAUAUGUUCUCUGCCAGAGCUUAUGUGCACCAGUACAAUGAACAUGGACUUACUGAGGACGAUUUUCUGGACGGGUUUGCAACCUUAGAACAAGUAAUAUCAAAUUACAAAUGUUUGUAAGAUGGACAAAAUACAAUUGUGGAACCUGAA